GUUUACAAACAACAUUAUCAUUUAUUAACUAUGAUAAUUAUCUUUGUGAAUUGUAUUGUAGGCCAUUUCAUUUGGCCCAUAUGCAGAAACUGUCCACUGUCCACUUUCCUUCGAAAUAGUUGAAAUAGUUCACUGAGGCGACAGACGGGGUGUGGCCUCGGGCAGUCAUCAUUCGUAAAUCCGUAUCCCACUGUUUUGUAAACAAGUCUCAGUCGAAUUCGGUCCCCUGCGGCCGAAAUUCGCCCGUUUGGGCCCAAAAUGUCGUCAGUCCAUCGGGCCUUUACGCAGAAAUUGUCCAAACAAAAUGCGGCAGACGUUCGUCGCCAAGUUUGCAACCCGUCUCCGUUCCAAAAGAGCAUUCCGAAAAGCAACAGUUCCGUUUCAGGACUCUCCACAAUCAGCAUCGCUUCUAGUGAAAUUGUAGAGCCUGUCGAUUAUGAAGAUUUCAUGCAGCAAAACCAUGUGAUGGUCAGCAGAGAUCCUUUAAGGGAUGUUCUUGAAUUUCCUGAAGGUGAUGUUGAAGUUGGGGUUGUGCCUCGCAAGAUCCGAACGGAAAUGCUCAUCGUUCCUGAAGAACCUCCUGACCAGUGGAAUAUUGGGGUCAGAGACGUGGUUCGCUGCCAUACGGCAAAUUGGGUAGUUGUGAGCCACAGGUAUAGGCACCAUUCCAGCAGCUGCUGGGUUCGUGACCGUGCUGGUGAAAGGCACGAGUUAGUCAAAUCCCUGCCAAAGCAGCAGUUUGAAGUUGAUCAAGAUGGAAUUAAAGAGGAAGACAGAAUUCAAGAAGAGGAAAGGGAUGCUCGAAGCUCCGCUGAAACACCUCGAGGAAGCUGGGCCAGUUUUGAUCUAAGAAAUUCUGUCAGCGAUGCUUUGCUGUCUGAACUUCUGCAAAAAAAUCCACCCGAAACAAUUGACAGCUUGAAUGAAAUACGAAGGCUUGAAGAUCGACAAAGCGCUUUAUUUUUGCUUUAUCCUUCCCAAGACGAAGAAGAAAUAGUUGAGCGUAGAAUUCCUGCAGAAAUGCCUAGUGAUCAUCUUGGUCACAGAAUUCUUGUCAAGUGCCUGCAAUUGAAGUUGGAGCUGGAGGUGGAGCCAAUUUUUGCCAGCAUGGCUUUGUAUGACGCAAAAGAGAAGAAAAAAGUCUCUGAGAAUUUUUACUUUGACUUGAAUUCUGAGUCCAUCAAGAGAAUGUUGAGUUCUCACGUUCCAUUCAGUGACAUCAGUACGCAGAGUCGUUCUUGCAUUUUUAACAUCACCUACCCAUCUGCAGAUCUGUUUCUGGUCAUUAAGUUAGAAAAGGUACUUCAAGGUGAUAUAACUGAAUGUGCUGAGCCCUAUAUGAAAGAGGACAAGAAUCGAGAGAAAGUAAAAGUGAAUGCAGUCACAUCUUGUGAUCGUCUGGGAAAAUACCGCAUGCCUUUUGCUUGGACUGCUGUUUACAUGAUGAAUGUUUUUAACGGCAGUAACAGUCUUGAACGAGACUCAGGUAGUGACAAGGAGAGUGUUGGAUCAAAUAGCUUGGAUUUAUUCACUGGAGAGCGCAAAUCCAACAGCAGUUUUGAGCAAUUCAAGCGCAAAGCUAGUGACAUGAGCAACCUCACUCGAAGAGGAUCCCUCGAGCGUCGUUGCGGAGAAAAACGUCGUAGCUGGUCACCCGAAGAUUUGGGUGCUAGUGUAGAUACCUUCCGACCCAUAACCCUCACCGUUUCAAAUUUCUUUAAACAAGAGGGUGACAAGCUGAGAGACGAGGAUCUGUUUAAGUUCCUCCAAGACUUGAAGCGCCCUGCUGUUCUUAUGAAAAAGUUGAAAUGCAUUCCGGCAACCCUGAAACUGGAUAUUUCCCCAUGUCCUGAAGAAUUCAAGUAUUGCCUCACACCUGAACUUGCUCAACUUCGGCCCUAUCCAGAUGACAAAGGUAGACCUACAAAAGAGAUCCUGGAAAUCAUCCCUAGAGAAAUUUUUGCUCCCAAUUAUGUGUACAGGGAUUUAAUGUAUGUUUAUCCAAAGGAUGUGAAUUUUGCCAGUCGCACAGUAAUGGCUGGUUCAGCAAGAAAUAUUGCUGUGAAAAUUCAGCUCAUGAGUGGUGAAGACGAAUCGAAUGCAAUGCCAUGUUUGUUUGGACGUUCUAGUUGUCCAGAAUUUUCUUCUGAGCAAUAUACCGCAGUCACAUACCACAACAAAAAUCCCGACUUCUACGAUGAAUUUAAAUUGAAAAUUCCAUGCAACCUAAGUAGCAAUCAUCAUCUACUUUUCACAUUUUACCACAUCAGUUGCCAAAAGAAAUCUGAGCAACCUACAGUAGAAACACCAAUAGGCUACACCUGGCUUCCUCUAUUACGAGACUACCGUCUUCAAACUGGAGAAUUUUCUCUUCCGAUCACAACUGAGAAACCUCCGUCGAAUUAUUCAUAUAUCCCUCCGGAUGUGAACCUUCCAAACAUGAAGUGGUUGGACAACCACAAAGGCAUAUUUAGUGUUUUCCUUGAAGCUGAGUCCACUGUCCAUACAAAGGACAGAUACCUCGAUCGGUUUCUUUACCUAAGCGAGCUGGCAGAAACUGGACACGUGCCUAGAGGAAUUGGAGAGGCCAAUUUGGAAACAGAGCUUAAAAUGUGUCUGGCUGAUCUAACCCAUGCCAAUACAGAACCUCUCGUCCGGUUUCUUCCACUGAUCCUGGACAAAUUGGUUAAUCUUGUGGUGAGAUCACCAGCAGUUGGAUCUGUCAAAAUGAAUCUGUCCCGAGAGGCAUUCGAGGCUCUCACAUGUGUUGUCAAAAACAUAACGAACCUCCAAGAAGGUCAUAAAGAUCAGCACGGAAGACACAGUCUGCUGACUUCUUACAUUAAUUACCAGACGUCGGCUGCAUUUGGAGCUUCAGGUGUCAGCCUUUCAGGCUUCUCUCCUCCUCAGAGUCCAGGUUAUAUGCCCAGACCAACACCAAUCAGCCCAACUAGACACAGCAGGAGCACAAGCCACCCAGAUCUGCACGAGGCUGAUGAAGAAAUUGCCAUGAUAACAAAAGGCAUUGAUCGGACAGCUAGUAUGAGAUCACCAGAUCUGAAUACGGAAGUUGUGGACACAACAAUGGUUGCCAGCAAAUCUCGCAAACUGCUCCACGAAGAAAUAGUUCUGCAGUGGGUCGUCUCAAGUGGGACGGCUAAAGAACUAGCUCUGACAAAUUCUUGGUUCUUUUUUGAACUCAUGGUUAAGAGCAUGGUGACUCAUCUUGCAUCUCUUGAUAUGCUGGAAGCUCCACGACGAGUCCGUUUCACUGAUCAGUUUCUGGACGACAUCACUUCUUUGGUUACUAUGGUAACUUCGGAAAUUGUGGCACGAGUUUCGAAAGAUCUAAAAACCACUACAAACCUCAAUGCAAGCCUUGCGUUUUUCCUAUUUGAUUGUCUCUCAAUUGCUGACAGGGGUUUUGUUUUUGGCCUUGUCAAAUUGUACUGCAAGCAUAUAACGGCAAAGAUGAUGAACUUGCCCGAUGCCACAGGCCUAAUUCAUUUGAAGUCGGACUUGCUGAGAAUUGUUUGCAGUCAUGAGCACUUUGUUGCCCUGAACUUGCCAUUUGGAACACCAUUUGCACCAAACUCUGGUCCAGCAUCACCUAGUCCUUCUGUAUCUUCUUCAAACAGCCAAUCAUCAUUUCUGUCCACCUUGGUAGGUGGUGACAAAUCUGCUUACGCAGACUUGUCUCCAGAGUUCAGGCAGCAGCACUUUUUGGUCGGUUUGAUCCUUGGUGAGCUGCCUGUUGUCUUUGACACAAGCAAUCCACAUUUGCAUGCAAAAUGCGUCAACAUGAUCAGAAAUCUGAUGACUUGUCAUGAUUGCGACCCACGAUAUGCCGACCCAGAAUGCAAGUCGAGAGUAGCUGCCUUGUAUUUGCCCCUGCUUGGAAUUGUGAUGGACUGUUUGGGUCAACUCCAUACAGGCCCACAUGAUAAUGCUAAAGAUCCGAAGGGGCCAUUUAAUGAGGAAGCUGAAAAUCAACCUGACAUGAGCCAGAAUAUUGCAAUGGUAAUUGCUGGAUCUUUAUCCAGUUUCCAGCAACCAUCCAGAAAAACGAUCUUGACUCACGAGACAACUCGAAAUUUGCUAACCUGCUUCCUGUGGGUCAUUAAAAAUGUCAACACUUCUUGCUUGAAGCAGUGGUGGGCUGAGCUUCCCAAUGCUCGUCUUAGACAGUUACUGGAAGUUUUGUAUAUUAGCAUUUCAUGCUUUGAGUAUAAGGGCAAGAAAGUCACUAAGAAGAGGUCCCAGCCUAGUUUCCGAAAGACUUCCGAGAUGAAGUCGAAAUUAGAGGAUGUGAUUUUAGGAAAGGAAUCGGCGAGGAAUGAAAUGAUGAUGAGGAGAAAAGAAAAGAAUCCGCAACCUGGAGGGACUGGUGAGCGAUUGCGCUGGCGCAAAGAAGUACUUACUUGGAAGUCCAGCAACAGUGAAACAAGCGAUCGACCCAAAGCCGAGCUUGAGAUGGACGCACACAUUGAGGGAAAUUUCUGCACUGAGAUUGGUUUAGUCAUCCUUGAUACUUUGGAAAAUAUUGUGCAGGUUGCUUCACACUCUGACAAUCUCCAAAGUUUGCUGGGUAGUGUCUUGAAGGUUAUUCUUCACUUCAUGUCCAAGAGUCAAAGCACGACUCUAUUGAAAAAUAUUUUUGCCAGCCAGAGGUCACUGAUUUUCAAGUUCCCAAACUUGCUUUUUGAUGAGGAAACUGAGCAGUGCAGUGAUCUGUGCUCACAUUUAUUGAAGCAUUGUAGCUCAAGCAUCAGCACAGUGCGUUCACAGGCAGCAGCUUCUCUGUACCUACUUAUGAGACAGAACUUCGAAAUAGGAAAUAACUUGGCCAGAGUGAAAAUGCAGGUCACAAUGUCCUUAAGUUCGUUAGUCGGAACCGAUUCGAGCUUCAAUGAAGAGUCUUUGCGGCGCUCCUUGAAAACUGUAUUAGUUUAUGCAGAGGAGGACAAUGAAAUGCAGGACACCUCAUUCCCAGAACAGGUCAAGGAUUUGAUAUUCAACCUGCACAUGAUUCUCUCAGACACUGUGAAAAUGAAAGAGUUCCAAGAAGACCCAGAAAUGUUGAUAGACCUUAUGUACCGCAUUGCCAGGGGCUACAGGAACUCACCAGACCUUCGACUCACUUGGCUGAGCAACAUGGCUAAAAAGCACCUUGAGAGGGGAAAUCACACCGAGGCCGCCAUGUGCCUCGUCAGCAGUUCUGCCCUGGUAGCCGAGUAUCUGCACAUGCUGGAGGAUCAACCUCACAUGCCCAUUGGUGCUGUUGCUUUUCGGAAAGUCACCCCGAACGCACUUCUCGAAAGCGCUGUGUCAGAUGAUGUUGUUAGUCCUGACGAAGAGGGAGUUUGCUUAGGGAAGGACUUUACUGAGCAGGGCCUGAUUUUUCUUCUUGAACACGCCGCUAGCUAUUUGAAUUCAGCUGGAAUGUUUGAAGCUGUUGAUGAAGUCUACCAGAUUUUGCUGCCAAUUGUGAAGUCAAAUCGAGACUAUAAGAGACUUUCUGCAGUCCAUAGGAAACUUUAUGAAGCUUAUGAACGAAUUGAUCAGAUGCAAGGAAAGCGUAUUUUUGGCACAUAUUUCAGAGUGGGCUUCUAUGGCUCUAAAUUUGGUGACCUCAAUGGCGUUGAGUACAUUUACAAGGAGCCCUCUCUGACCAAACUCCAUGAAAUUUUCAGCCGCUUAGAAAAUUUCUACAGUGAACGGUUUGGUCCAGAAAAUGUUGUCACCAUCAAAGAUUCCAACACUGUGGACGUGAGCACACUAGAUCCAGAAAAAGCCUACAUCCAGAUCACCUAUGUUGAGCCGUACUUUGAGCCUUUUGAAAUGAAAUAUCGACCAAAUCAGUUUGAUAAAAACUACAACAUCAAACGGUUUAUCUAUGCAACACCAUUCACACCUGAUGGCCGAGCCCAUGGAGAGCUCCACGAGCAAUACAAAAGGAAAACUAUUCUAACUACAUCGACACACUUCCCUUACGUAAAAACUCGCAUUCAAGUUGUUGAUCGACGACAAGUUGUUUUGAGUCCAAUUGAAGUGGCUAUUGAGGAUAUGCAGAAAAAGACCCAGGAGUUGGCUCAGGCAACAAAUCAGGAGCCGCCGGAUCCGAAAAUGCUUCAAAUGGUUCUUCAGGGUUGCAUUGGUACCACUGUCAAUCAAGGCCCACUGGAAGUAGCCGUUGUCUUCCUGUCCAACCUCACAGACGGCCAGACAAAACCAACACGUCUGCAGAACAAGCUGCGUCUCUGCUUUAAAGAUUUUUCCAAGAAGUGUGGCGACGCCCUGAGAAAGAACAAAAAUCUGAUCGGCCCAGAUCAACGAGAGUACCAGCGUGAGCUCGAGAGAAACCAUAACCGAUUCUGCGAGAGGCUAAUACCUCUGGUCAAUACUCUGCCAGCAGACAGUUACGUACACUGCGCCAAAAAAUAAUUUAAAGAGAAUUUCAGCACAACAUUCUUCUUUCAAGCUUUUAGGUUAAGCAAUACCUGUGUUAAGCAUUUUCUUGUCACUAUAACUUAAUGGAUCUCUGCGGAUGCAAAUUUUAUAAACUUAAGUACACUUCCAGAAUUUUUAAAGGCCUGUUAUUAAGCUGCACAACUCUGAUUAAUUUCUAUUUUUGAUUCAUUUUAUUUUUAUGAAUAUCCACUACAUAAAGCAAGAAUAAUUAGUAUUAUAAAAUGAGAAUGUCGGUUGCCAAAUUAUCGCGUAUUACAAUAUAUGAAAAAUGUAUUUUUGCUUUCUGCCUGGUGAAAUUUUCUGCAAUUUUCUUGCAAAAUAAACAAAAUAGGAA